GAUGGGGGAGGCAGGCUGCUCGUAGCUCUGCGCCUCAGGAGGCGCGCUCCGAGGAAGCCGCCACCGCGCCGCCUCUGCCUCGGCGCGGAACAAACGGUUAAGAUUUUGGGCAGCGCCUCGCGGGGGGAGGAGCCAGGGGCCCAAUCCGCAAUUAAAGAUGAACUUUGGGUGAACUAAUUUGUCUGACCAAGGUAAAGUGGGCAGCAACCGGGGCCGCCUAUAAAGCUGGCGCGCGGCGGGGUUCGGAGGCGCUGGUGGCGGCAGGUGGCGCGGGAGGUCGCGGUGAGCCAUGGGGCUCCUGGCGCUGCUGGCCAGUGCGCUCUGCACCUUCGUGCUACCGCUGCUACUCUUCCUGGCCGCGAUUAAGCUCUGGGACCUGUACUGCGUGAGCAGCCGCGACCGCAGCUGCGCCCUCCCUUUGCCCCCCGGAACUAUGGGCUUCCCCUUCUUUGGGGAAACAUUGCAGAUGGUGCUACAGAGAAGGAAGUUCCUGCAGAUGAAGCGCAGGAAAUACGUCAUCUACAAGACGCAUCUGUUCGGGCGGCCCACGGUGCGGGUGAUGGGCGCUGACAACGUGAGGCGCAUCUUGCUCGGGGAGCACCGGCUGGUGUCGGUCCACUGGCCCGCGUCGGUGCGCACCAUCCGGGGCUCCGGCUGCCUUUCCAAUCUGCACGACUCCUCGCACAAGCAGCGCAAGAAGGUGAUUAUGCGGGCCUUCAGCCGCGAGGCGCUCCAGUGCUACGUGCCGGUGAUCGCCGAGGAAGUGGGCAACUGCCUGGAGCAGUGGCUGAGCUGCGGCGAGCGCGGCCUCCUGGUCUAUCCCCAGGUGAAGCGCCUUAUGUUCCGCAUCGCCAUGCGCAUCCUGCUGGGCUGCGAGCCCCGGCUGGCGAGCGGCGGGGACGCGGAGCAGCUGGUGGAGGCCUUCGAGGAAAUGACCCGCAAUCUCUUCUCGUUGCCCAUCGACGUGCCCUUCAGCGGGCUAUACCGGGGCAUGAAGGCGCGGAACCUCAUCCACGCGCGCAUCGAGGAGAACAUUCGCGCCAAGAUCUGCGGGCUGCAGGCGGCGGAGGCGGGCGGGGGGCUAAAAGAUGCUCUUCAGCUGUUGAUCGAACACUCGUGGGAGAGGGGAGAGAGGCUGGAUUUUCAGGCACUAAAGCAAUCUUCAACCGAACUCCUCUUUGGAGGACAUGAAACCACGGCCAGUGCAGCCACAUCUCUGAUCACUUACCUGGGGCUCUACCCACAUGUUCUCCAGAAAGUGCGAGAGGAGCUGAAGAGUAAGGGUUUACUUUGCAAGAGCAAUCAAGACAACAAGUUGGACAUGGAAAUUUUGGAACAGCUUAAAUACAUUGGGUGUGUUAUUAAAGAGACCCUUCGACUGAAUCCCCCAGUUCCAGGAGGGUUUCGGGUUGCCCUUAAGACUUUUGAAUUAAAUGGAUACCAGAUUCCCAAGGGCUGGAAUGUUAUCUACAGCAUCUGUGAUACUCACGAUGUGGCAGACAUCUUCACCAACAAGGAGGAAUUUAAUCCUGACCGAUUUAUGCUACCGCACCCUGAGGAUGCAUCCAGGUUUAGCUUCAUUCCAUUUGGAGGAGGCCUUAGGAGCUGUGUAGGGAAAGAGUUUGCAAAAAUUCUUCUCAAAAUAUUUACAGUGGAGCUGGCCAGGCAUUGUGACUGGCGGCUUCUAAAUGGACCUCCUACAAUGAAAACCAGCCCCACCGUGUACCCUGUGGACGAUCUCCCAGCGAGGUUCACCCGUUUCCAGGGGGAAACCUGAUGGGCAUGCAAGCCCCGACCUUGGACUUAGUGCAAAUGUACAUAGGAGUUUUUACAUAAUGUCGUGUUGAUUUUUAUUAUAUUUAAUUUCUAAAUGUAUAUUAUAAUAUUUAUGUGCCUCUACUACAGUACCACAGUCUUUAAGUAUUAAAAUAAUGAAUUUUGUAUAGUUUCCAAAUAAAGUAAAAUUGGAAGGUGCUUGUCUUGCAUUUAAGAUUCCUGUGGGGGAGAAACUCGCCGGUUUAAUAUUUGUUCUUAGUAUGUUUAAUCAGAUUUCUAAAUGUCUACAUGCAU